CAGGUCCAUCCAGAACCCCCAGCCUCAGGCCCCGGGGAGCCCUGCCAGCCUACCACUGCCCAGCGGGCACCCAGCCCAUCUUUGCCCUGUUGGUUUUGAACCGUUGCUCCCGGCCCCCUCCCCUCCACCUGACCGCCCUCUUCCUCGCCUUCCACGAUGCCUCCCGUCCCCCGCGGAGGAGCAGCUUCAAUAAGGCCCUAGGAGCCCCCCAAGCCCCAGCCACUGCGCCCCCCGAUCUGUUUGUCCGCCCACCCCGCUGCCGCCUCCAGGAGGGUCUUCGCCGUCCUCGUCCCGACCGGACUCCUGGGAGCCAUCGCCUCAACCCAAGAAAACGCCAUGACGACGACGACGACUACAUCUGGCACCACCACGACAGCCCCUGGCUCCUUCCUCUCCACCUGAUGGCCUCUUCCGCGCCCUCCCACGAUGCCUCCCGUCCCCCGCUGAGGGGCUGCCUUUAUAAGGCCUGAUGGUGCACCCCGAGUUCCAGCUGCCGUACCCCCAGAUCCCACCAUCAUGAAGGUCUUCACCAUCCUCAUCCUGGCCGGACUCCUGUGCACCCUCGCCUCGGCCCAAAACGCCACAACGACAGCUGCUGCCAACACCACGACAGAAGCUGCCAACCCAACCACCACCGGGGCCACGCCCACUAACACCGCAGAGGCCGUCACCCCCAGCACCACCCUAGACCGCCGCCACCAUCACCACCACCACCCACGACCACCACCAUCACGAAAGCCCAGGACCACCUCCAACACUACGAGAAGUGCCACCACCACCAAGAAGCCUAACGAAAAUCUGAUACUUACUCUCUUCAACUUUUAAUUUCGUGGCUAAAGAGCAGCGAUGCAGCAUGGAGACGGCCCGGCCCGGAGCUCCCUAACCCUCCCCAUCACCCACCCUCCGCUAAUCAAUGAAUAAAGUAGUAACAGCAUAA